AUGAUACACAAAUUUUCAAUAUCAGUCGAUGCGAAAACAGUGCCGUUUGGAGGAAAAGUUAUACAAAAGAAAGAAUAAAGGAUAAAAUGGCAGACGAAAAAUACCCUAGCCCACCACCUUAUUCGCCUCCACAACCAGGUUACACAUCCAACCAACCAAGUUACACAUACAACCAACCAAACACGGCUGUAUCCAGUCCACCACGCACCAUCGUCAUAGUGGACAGUCCACCAGUCAUAGUGGUCAACAAUUUGGGACCAUAUCCCACAUCCUGCUACUGCAAUACGUGCAAGCAGCAAGUUACAACAUAUACGCGGACGGAGACUUCGUUGAGGACACACGUGGUCGCUGGGCUCUUGUGCCUUUUUGGAUGCUGGCCUUGUGUUUGGAUACCGUAUUGUGCAGAUGCCUGUAAAAAAAUUCAGCAUUAUUGUCCAAUAUGUAAUACUUAUUUGGGCUGCAAUAUCUAACAAGGAAAAGGGAAGCCAGAGUUUCAAGGAUAAUAAAUACAUUAAUCGUCAAUACGCAAGUGGAAUUUCGUUAAUUAAAGAAUUUUUAGUAAAA